AUGACUUCAGCGUACUUCGGCGUGGGCCCCGGAGGCGGCGGCGGAGCACAGUCUGCAUAUUUCGGCGUGGGCGGUGGACCAGCGGGCGGCGGUGGCGGCGCUAAACCCCCAGCCGGCGGCGGUGGUGGCGGCGGAGGUGGCGGAGCUCAAUCGGCCUAUUUCGGAGUUGGCGGUGGUACACCUGGUGCUGGAGCACAAUCAGCUUACUUUGCGGUUGGCGGCGGCCCAGCUGCAGGAAAUGGCGGUGGAGGAGGAGCUCCACCUCCACCACCACCAGCUGCUGGUGGCGGCGGAGGAGGUGAGUUUUUUGAAGAUUUUAGUUUUUUCUCGAUUUUUUAAAAAUAUUUUUUAAAGUUAUAUUGUAAAGCUUUAUUAUAAGCCCUAAAAGUCUUGUCGUCAAUUUACAUUAUUUUUAAAGUUAAAAAGCGACAAGACUUUUGUGACAGCUUAAUAUCUAAAUUUUAAAAAUUUUUUCGAUUUAUAAUGAUUUUUUAUAAUGUUUACUUUCAGGAACGUCUACAAUGACAGCUGUUGGUGGAGCUCCAAUGGGCGGCGGAGGCGGCGGAACUUCGACCAUGACCGCGGUCGGAGCAGCACCAGCUGCUGGAGGCGGUAAGUCAAGCUUUUUGUGCAUUUUCAAAAUUUUUUGUUCGUAAUUAGUCUUUGAUACCUAUUUUUGAAAAUUUGAACUAUGAAUUUGAAGUUAUUUUUAACUUCAAAAAAAAUUUAAUCCAUACUUAUUAGAUUGUUCAAAUAUUUCUGUGCCCCCUUAAUAAGCAAAUUAUUUGGAUUAGGAGGCACAGAAUUAUUUGAACAAUACAAAAUAACAAAGGAGCACAGAAUUAUUUGAACAAUCUAAUGAAAAUCUAUUUAGGCAGAUCAACUAUGACCGCUGUUGGUGGAGCCCCAAUGGGAGGCGGAGGUGGUGGUACAUCCACAAUGACUGCUGUAGGAGCCCCAAUGGGAGGUGGCGGUACCUCUACAAUGACCGCUGUUGGUGGAGCCCCAAUGGGAGGCGGAGGUGGUACUAGCACUAUGACCGCUGUUGGCGCUGCUCCCGGUGGUGGAGGUAGGGGUUUUUGAAUUUUUAGAAAAAUUUGAAAAAUUUUUUAAUUUUUAAUGAGCUCCCAUUGUAUAUUUUACAAUGUUUUACAUUUUUUAUUCCAGGCAGAUCAACCAUGACCGCUGUAGGAGCCCCAAUGGGUGGUGGCGGUACCUCAACCAUGACGGCCGUUGGUGGAGCCCCAAUGGGAGGUGGCGGUGGACAAUCGACCAUGACCGCUGUUGGUGGAGCUCCAAUGGGAGGCGGAGGUGGUGGAACCAGCACUAUGACCGCUGUUGGCGCUGCUCCAGGUGGUGGAGGUGGUAAGCUGGUUUUGAAAACUUUUUUAUUGUUGUGGGGGGGGGGUGACUUUUUUAAAUUUUGGUCGAUUUUGCUUAUUAUAAAAAUAAUUUUUGGCCUUUUUCAUAAAAAAAUUUUUUGGAUUUUGAAAAAUUUAGAAAUUUCAUGCCCUGCAGGCCAAUUUUUUCUUUUUUUCAGGAAGAUCAACCAUGACCGCUGUAGGCGCCCCAAUGGGUGGUGGCGGUACCUCGACUAUGACUGCCGUUGGCGGAGCCCCAAUGGGAGGUGGCGGCGGAGGAACCUCGACCAUGACCGCUGUUGGUGCCGUUGCUCCAGGUGGAGGUGGUAAGUGAUUUCUGUGGGAUUUUAAAACUAGGCUUUGUUAAAACUUUUAAAAUUAAUUUUUUAAGAAAAUUUUAAUUUUUAAUUGAGUUCUACCUUACAUUACUAACUUACAGGUCGAUCCACAAUGACUGCCGUAGGAGCCCCGAUGGGAGGCGGAGGUAGUGGAACCUCUACAAUGACAGCUGUUGGCGGAGCCCCAAUGGGUGGUGGCGGCGGAGGAACUUCAACCAUGACUGCUGUGGCUGGAGCACCUGGAGGUGCCCCAGCUGGUGGAACCUCGACUAUGACAGCCCUUGGCGGAGCACCCGGCGGUGGAGCCCCACCCCCACCACCAAUGGGUGGUGGCGGCGGCGGUGGAGGAGGAAACGCGACCUCGGCCUACUUUGGCGUCGGCGGCGGCGGAGGCGGCGGAGCCCAAUCCGCCUACUUUGAAGUUGGAGGCGGCGGCGGUGGUGGAGCCAAGCCCUCGGGCGGCGGUGGUGGAGCAGCCCCUCAACCCGGACAAUCGGCCUACUUUGGAGUUUCUGGCGGCGGAGCUGGCGCCGGCGGAGCUACAUCUGCUUAUUUUGCUCCGAAAUAA